UAUCAGUUUCAGCAGCUGCAAGUGGGUUUUAUUUUCCCAUAUAUAAAUAUACAUCUAAAGCAAACCCCUUUUACUAAGAGAAACCAACAGGAUAGCUGGUUAAAAAGAGAAGUGAGGAUAUGGAGGUGUAUCUUGUGUUGAAGAUGAUUUCUUCUAUGGUUCUGGUGGGUUUGCUUGGCUUCUUGCUUUAUAUUUACAACAGUGUUUGGCUAAAAUCCGAAAGGGUGAGGAAGAAGCUGCGAGUGCAAGGUAUCAGAGGCCCUCCUCCUUCUUUUCUAUAUGGGAAUUUGCCUGAGAUGCAAAGAAUCCAACUUCAGGCCAUGAAGGCUCCCACUCAUCACACCGAUAACGAAUUUGUUGCUCACGACUAUACUUCCACCCUCUUCCCAUACUUCGAACAGUGGAGAAAAGAAUACGGUCUAAUAUAUACGUAUUCGACUGGGAUGAGACAACACAUGUACAUCAACCAGCCAGAGCUAGUGAAGGAAUUGAAUCAGUGCAUUACAUUGGAUUUAGGAAAGCCUUCCUAUGUGACCAAAAGGCUUGCACCCAUGCUUGGCAAUGGAAUUUUGAGGUCCAAUGGCCAUUUAUGGGCACAGCAAAGGAAAAUUGUUGCACCUGAGUUCUUCAUGGACAAAGUCAAGGGAAUGGUGGGGAUAAUGGUGCAGUCAGCACAGCCACUGCUGAGGAAGUGGGAGGAAUGCAUUGAAUCACAAAGCCAAAGGGGUAUGGCAGCAGAGAUCAAAGUGGAUGAGGAUUUGAGAGGUGUCUCAGCAGAUGUCAUUUCAAGGGCUUGCUUUGGUAGUUCUUAUUCCAAAGGCAAACAGAUUUUCUCCAAGCUUAGAUGUCUUCAACAUACCAUUUCACAGCAUGGCUUCCUUUUUGGAGUUUCUAAUUUUGGAUCUUUCCCAAUGAGGAGAAAACAAAACGAGAUCAACAGCUUGGAGAGAGAGAUAGAAUCAUUGAUUUGGGAAGCAGUGAAAGAACGCCGCGAACAAGAAAUCUCAGACACAUCUUCAUCAUCAUCAUCGGGAAAAGAUCUAUUACAGCUGAUCCUCGAAGGAGCCAUUAACGACCACACACUAGGUGAACAUUCAUCCAAGCAAUUCAUAGUCGACAACUGCAAGAACAUCUACUUCGCCGGCUACGAAUCCACCGCCAUAGCCAUCUCUUGGUGUUUGAUGCUCCUCGCUCUCCACCCCGAAUGGCAAGCCCGUAUCAGAUCCGAAUUCUCUCAGAUCUGCCCCGACGGUGUUCCGGACGCGAACUCGCUCCCUCAGUUGAAGGCCGUGACGAUGGUGGUUCAAGAAGUCCUCCGUCUAUACCCGCCGGCGGCUUUCGUAUCCAGAGAAGCUUUCGAAGAUACGCAGAUCGGGAACGUCGUCGUUCCGAAAGGCGUUUGCGUUUGGACUCUGAUUCCGACUCUGCAUCGGGAUCCGGAUAUUUGGGGACCGGAUGCGAACGAGUUUAAGCCGGAGAGGUUCGCGGAGGGAGUUUCGAAGGCUUGCAAAUCGCCGCAGGGUUACAUUCCGUUUGGAUUGGGUGCGAGGCUGUGUUUGGGAAAGAACUUGGCUAUGGUGGAACUGAAAGUUGUGGUUUCGAUGAUUGUGUCCAGAUUCGCUUUCUCUCUGUCUCCCAAAUAUCGGCAUUGUCCUGCUUAUAGGAUGAUUGUAGAGCCCGGACGUGGCGUUCAUAUCCUCAUUCAAAGGGCCAAUGCGAAGGAGGACCAUAGCAAUUAAGCCUUUGUUACCAGCCUCACCCCGCCCCUACCAGGAAAAAAAAUAAAAAGAAUGAAAAAGACCAGUGUAAAAUAUUAUGUUGAAUAUGUUUUUUUUUUUUUUUUUUUUGAAUGAAGAAUAUGUGAUAUUUUAUUUUAUUUUAUUUUGUUGGUUUUGAAAAUUUUUUAUUUUUCAUUUUCUUUUUUGGUUAUAUUAAGUGAUGUUUUAUAAAUAUAUAUAUAUAUAUAGUUUACACAUUAUAGA